AAUUCGAAAAAGUGUAAAUAAAAAAGCAUUUAUAAAACAAACGAAGAGUAAUUCUAAAAAAAGAAUAACAGCGAUCAAAAGCGAAUUUUCAUCAUAACGCGUUGGAAAUUAAAAACCACAGAAGGACAAGGAAAAAAUACCAGACCGUGUUCGCUCGCGACUGUGUUUGCCAAGUCGAAGGUUUUGUAAGUGAGGGGUCGUAUAAUCACGACCGCAGCGACAAUGCGUUCGUACGUGUUGUGGCUGCUGACAGCUGUCGGCCUGCUCGCGGUAGCCACUCAAGCGGCGCACGUACGGCAAGCGACAAGCGGCAGUAGCAGCAGUAGUAGCAGUUUGGUAAGCAGCUAUGCAAAUGAUCCACGACCCGAUGCUGUGGACGAGCAGGCGAGUGAUAUUUUGGGCACUGGUGGUGCCUACGAAUUUCGCCUGCCACAACCGCAAAUAAGCAAACAACAGCAACAGCAACAGCAACAACAAGUUAAAACAAAACGUCCAAAUACCAACAUCACUUAUAUAACCACAACUAAAACGAGCAGCAGCAGUAGUGGUAUUGGGGGCGUAACAAAAUCGUCGUCGACUAAACGUCCAGCAACCUCUACUACCAUCACCACAGGUGGUCAUAAGGCAUCCGUUGUCACAUCCAACUCCCACUUGCCAACACCGACAGUGCAAGGAAGUACGCAGUUGCCAGGUCUUGCAUAUAAUAUUACUGUGACCCCACAACAGACACAGGCUUCUUAUCAACCAGCUACUCCAGCUGGUGCUAAUGAUGAGCCGGCGGUGACGACCUCAAAUGCGGUGAAUGAUGAUGAAUCAUCAAAGAAAGUUAUCGGUUCGAGCGUUGUCACCUCCGUUUCCGUAAUACUCAAUGGGGAUGAGCCCGAGUUCACCGACGCACUGGGACACAAGGUGCCCAAACCACAACCCUCUCUCCAAGUUGCUAGCCCAAUUGAUCUUCUCAACCCCGAUCGUUACGAGUUCUACACAUUCGAUGAGAAUGGUGAGCUGGUUAAGCGGUUGAUGACCAUGGAAGAGAUACAAAGUAUUGUGGCAAAUGGUGAUGGCGAAAAUUCAUCAAUUGUACAGCAUGUGCCCGUGGGCGAUCGAGAACCGGAAAAGAACGUACAAGAUAUCGUUGAUAGCGUACAGGAUGUAUUAAAUAAGGAAGUGGAGUCGAAUAAGAAUAUUUCUAAAGAUGCGCUACCCGUACUCGAUACACCCGAUGUGUCGUCAUCGUGGUCGAUGAUCCUACCAGCGAUAUUCGGUAACGGCGGUGGUGAUAUCUUCCCACAACAGAAGCCACAACAGAUUGUCAUGACACCAGAUUCAGAAUUGCUUGAGGCAUCCACUACCACAACAAUGCCAAUUGCACACGCCCACACGAAGCGACCAAAACCGAACAAACGUAAGCCAGGUCAGAAGCGUAAACCGACUACGCCGGCGCCCACGACAACAUCGACGGCGGUGACACCACAAGUUGUGCAGGAGGAGUUAGAUCCGCACGAGUCUGUCUACACUGGCAUGCAACAGUAUCAGAACGUUGCAGCAAAUAUGCAGCAUUUCGAUGGGUUUUCACAGCUUCAAAUGCAGCCGAUCUAUCACAAACUGCCCGAGCACACCGAAGUGGAUACCACUACACGACGCGUUUUUGUCAACAACCAGGAGAUCAUACAAAGUGUAACCACAGCACGCCCAAAUGCAGUGUCAGCAGACAAGGUUGAGCUAGGCGAAAGUUAUGGCAAGAGACCACCGGUGGUGGUGCAUAAGCGGCCGGUAAGUCCAAAUCGACACAAGCCACAGCAUGCUGGAGAGGCAGCGCAUACGACUAGAAAACCGUUGGGAGGUCAUAAUAAACAGAAUAAAAAUAAAAAGAAGCCAACGGCAACGACUACAACAACUACACCUGAACCAACUACAACCACAACAACGACUACAACCACAACAACGACUUCAACAACCACAUCAACUACUCCAGCGCCCAUAACGACUACACCAGAACCAAUUACAACAACGAUCGCGCCUAUACCAAGCUCCACCACACCCAAAAAGAAGAAGAAAAAGCCAACACGCCAACCUGGUCUGGGUAAUGGUAAGCCACAUGCCGCUUCUGAUAAACGUAAACCGACCACAGGCAAGCCGCGCCCUACAAGCGCCAGCCAACAUAAUGGGAACAAACAUCCACAACCUGGCGAGGGCACCACUCAAAACCAUGGAAAUAAACAUCAUAUCUCCGCCGAUGUACCGAUCACUGUAUCACCAAGCUCAGGUGAGCCAGCGAUCCACAAGCAUAAUGCAACUGUGAGUCACAAACCAAAUAAAGCGCGACCACGUCCACAAAAGAAGCCAGCACAUAGCACAACAACAACUACCACAACGCCCGAGCCAACAACGACGACAACAACAACCAGUACGACGACAACGACAACAACACCAGAGCCAACGACAACAACCACUACAAGUACCACUACCUCCACCACCACACCCGCACCUAUAACGACAACGACCGGUGCAAUAACAACAACAGAGAGCACAUUGAUUGUGGAGCAUUUCCCCGGCUACCAUCCCAUACAUGUCAAACCUUCCCAUGCCAACAAGCGCCCCGGUGUAGCCCACUACCCAGUGCCACACUACAAACCCACAAAACAUAAUGAAGAGCAGGAGGGCAACGAGCCUGACUCCACAGAUAUCGGACAGCUCAAGCGCAAACCCUUGCCAUCACUUGCCCAGAUACAGCAACAGCACCACACACCACCAGAAGGGCCAAUAUUAUUACAUGAGCAAAACACUUUAACAGCUUUCGAUCAAAUAAUGGAGUCGCUAAAGCAGGAAUUGGCAAACAAGGAUGAUGCGAAUGGCGACAUCAGCGAAUCGAGUGCAUCUGAGAAACGACCUGUAACCGACAAGCCAUUUAAAGUGGAAGACACAGCAAACGUUUCUGAAACUUCAGCACAAGAUGGCGCGCCAAACGCACUUUUCAUUAGCACCGGUAGUACUGAAGCUCUGAUACAAAAGGAAGAAAGCAUUAAUGCAGUGAACACGGUCAGUAUGGAACAAGAGGAAAUGACUGUAGUUGAAGAGGACAUUGUACCCGAAUUAAUUACAACCAUGCGACCACCAACGCUUGCGGCAACAUCUGAAGAGGUCACAAAGCAGAUGACAACAACGCGGCCAGUAAACGAAGUAUUAGCUGAGGAGUCGCAGGAAAAUCUGCCAAACCAUCUCACAGAAGAACAGCAGAAGGCACCAGCUGUUAGUGAAACAGUCGACGUAGCGGUACUUGAAGAUAAGACGACGUCAGAACGAGAAGAAGAUCUCUCACAUGUAGUUAAAUUUGAGCCACUCUAUGCUGAUGUACAAGAGCCAAUAAUAAGUGAUGUACCAACAACGACCGUCACGCCCUACGAUGAGACCACAGUCAGCAAGCUGGAACACACGAACGAUGAUACGACCGUCGUUGAAAUCAUCGAUGAAGUGAAUGUGCAAACUGAUAGUAGCACAGAAUAUCAAAUACCUACAAUUAUGCAGCUCCCGGUGGCGCAGAAAGUACAAACCAUAAUAGCAGAGAACACCGCAACAACGGAACCAGCACCACUGGUAGCCGAUCUUAAGCCACACUUGAACAUGGAUGUAGUAAAACCAACUGAUCAAAUAAACAUGGCUGACUUCCAAACACAGGCGGCCACCAUAGCCUCAACGCUGGUUGAUGGCGCCAAUACAAUUGCUGCAGAUCUAAAUAUGAACUCCAAUGAGACCAGAAGCGAGAUUGACUUCCUGCUCUCCGAUGUACUGCAACAAAUGGCUGUGAACCAGCCAAUUGAAUAUCGUCCGGAUCCAGUAGAGGAUAGCAAUCGUGUAACGAACUUCGCACAGCUAAACACAUCCUUCUUACUGAAGCCAACGCAAUUAGCGACCGCCGAUAGUAAGAAAGGAAGUGAAAGGCCUAUUUACAGUGACUCAAUAGUACCUAUAAGUGCGACGAAAGCGCCACCCACCGUUGCAGAUAAACCCAAUGUGAAGCCAUUGUUGGUCCCGGCGCCUGAGCCAAUCGACGAUACUGAGUAUGAUUUAACAACAGAAUUAGAUCAGGUAACAGAGGUCUUAACGUAUGCCUCAAAAGAAGACGACACCGUGGAGGAACAAAAACCAACACUGACACAAGAGAGUAAUGAGAAACAGCAGAAGGAGCAUGAGAAGGAACAUAAAGCUGAACUGUCUUUGGAGAACCCAGUGCACGGCGCAGAAAUAGCACAGAAGCCGGGCACUCAGACGGACAGCACCGAAAAAUACGAGAUAUUAGAUAAGGCAGAAACACAAGCGCAGAUUAGCAGUGAGCAGGAAACACGCCCCAAAGAAAGCACAGAGGAGAACGAAAAAUUGAAACAAAAACCACAAGCCUACACCGAAAGUACAGAAAAGCAGGAGGUGCAGACAAAUGAUGAGACUAGACCCGAGGAAUCGAAGAAUGAACCCCAAACCUUAGGCCCAUCUCUCUCUGAAAUCUAUGCCACUCAACAGCAAGAGCAAGAUGAUAAGGGACCUUUAUAUGAAGCAGGACCCGACAAGGCGCCACAACAAUCUACUGAAAGCGGAAGCUCCGCGGAACCACUUACCGAAUCAGAAACAAUAAUACUGACAGAACAAUUGAGCACCGAAAAUAGUAACGAGGAAAAGAAGGAAGAAGUGACCAGUGCCGAAGUAAUUAUCACAGAAAUAGAAGAAGAGCAACAUAAACCUAGCGAAGAAAUUGCGAGUAACGAGAACCCUGUAGAGGAAGACAGUGAGCAGGUAAGCCCGAAUAUUGAACAGCAAGCCACUGAAGAAUACCUUACACAAACGGAGAGAAUCCCGAUGGAUGAGACUACGCAAUUUGCACCUACAGCGGAAGAUAAAUUAUUUGAGGACGAACACACAGUGCAGCCAGCCGAAGAAACAACCAGUGAAGUAGGUGAAGAAAGUCAAAUAGAAGUACAGACAGCCGAAGUAUCUAACGAUACUCAAGAAAUGCAAAUUGAAUUGUCGGACGCAAGCGAAGAUCUGCAACAGGAGAAAGAAAGUAUCACAAAUGCUGAAAGCGAAUUGAAUGUGAGCGGCAUAACAGAAACUCCAAGCUCAGUUAAUGAAAAUGAGUCGAAUGAAGCCGAGAGCAACGCCAAUCCCAUUGCGAACGAAAAAAUCACUUACUCAGAGGAAAUUAGUGAGCCCGUAAUUUCUGACAAAGAAAAGCAUGAAAAAGAAUCCUACGAAAAAGACACCGAGAAGGAAUCUAUAGAUAAGUUGCCCAACGAACACGAGACCUCAAACUCACCAGUACACUCAGAUACCACUGCCGAGGAGACGGAAGCGGUGCACACCGAGCAAACAUCUACAGAAGCACUGAAGGAGUCCAUAGAAAAAUCUACCACGGGCAACGAGGAAGACAACGUGACCGAUGCGGCUGAUUUACAAAUACAAUAUACCAAUCCACCCUCCACAACAACAACGAAAUAUGACUCUUAUGAGUUAGAAGAACAAGCCAGCAGCGAGGCAAUAGAACGUGAGACAACAACAACAUUGCCCGCGGAAGAGAGUACAACAACUAGUAGCACGGUUCUCGAUGAAGAAAGUUCUGGAAUAGAACCUGAAGCCGCUACAGAUGUUACUGUUACAAUUUCUGAUGAAAUAGAUAGCACGGAAUCGGAUGAGGAUCCAUACAUUAAACUAGGUGAAUCAACAACAAAACAUAGCGGAGAGCUGACCAACUUAAAUACAUCCAUGGAUAGCACUAGUGUUGAAGAAGAAACACCAAUUGAUGAGGAAGUAGAUGUCGAGCUUACCUCACCAACACUACCCCAGCCAAUACAACAAGAUAUGGCCGAAACGACGACACCCGAAGAAGAAGAAUCCACCGAAGAAUCAGGGGAGGAUAUACAAACACUACAAGGGACUAAGGUUGAGCCAGUAAAGGAAGUAAAGGAAGCUGAACCAGCAAAGAAUGCUGAGUCCGAACCAGCAAAGGUAGUGGAACAACUUUCAAGUACGCCGUUCCUGGAACUAACUGUCUCCACAGAGGAAAUACCUAUCAAACACAUACCAAAACCCAUGCAAUCAUUCAUAACACAACACCGCCCACAAAUGCCACAACUCAAUUAUGAAUAUCGUCCUGAUCCGCAAACUGCAGUCGAUAUAGGAGACUUGACCACUUAUAUCAUACCAAAAUUCCCAACAAGUCCCGUGCUGGCGGCACUAUCAACAACCGCGCAAACUGCUGCACCUACGACAAUGAGUACAACAACUAUGACCUCUACAACAACAGCGAAGCCAACACCUACGACCACCAAGCGUAUACAUACACUGAAGCCCGUCUCAUACUACAACAAACACACUGGCAUAAAUGCACCUAAACCGGCAGAGCCGACAAAAGUCCUGCCCUACUCGGCCAAUACUGCACAACAACGACCCAUGCAGCGCCCCGCACAGCUAAACAACUUGAUGGCCACCUCCACGCAAGCUACACGCCCUCCUGUUAAAAUGGAGCCAAGUCCCGCUAAUUCAAAGGGGCUUGAGGCAUCCAUAACCAGCUUAGAUGAGGAUCUGCAAUCUUUCGUCAAACUCUGCAAUGAAUUGGCAUUUAGCUACUGGAAGUCCAUUACAUCGGAAAAGAUUAGUUCGGCGCGUAGUUUGGUUGUCUCACCAUUUGCUCUAACCUCGAUGCUUUCAAUGGUUUUCCUCGGCGCACGUGGCAGCACAUCCGGUGAGAUGAACGAAGUGCUGAAAUUGGACGAUAUGGUAACCUUCAAUCCCCAUCUCGUGUUCCGUAAUAUCACUGACUCUGUAGAACGUGCAACCGAUAGCGAUAUUGCGACAACAGCAUUCGUGCGCGAAAUCUUCAGUGAUCGUGCAAAUGGCAAAAUAUUGCAAUUCUUCAAAGAGAAGACACAACAAUUCUACUCGGGACACGUGGAGGAAGUUAAUUUCCAUGUGGUGAAUGAUGUCAUACGCCGACGCACGAAUCUGCUGGUAAAGCGUCAUACAAUGGGUAAAGUGUUGGAGUAUUUACGUACCAACAGCCUGUGGGUAAAUGGACCACUGGCAACAGUCUCCGCAAAUCUCUUCCAAACCGACUGCCGACACGGCUCUACACAACUGACCGACGGUGAAAUGUUCUUCCAAGUUCAUCCUUCAGUACGUCAGCGUCGUCUCAUACCCAUACCAGCCGUUUUGUAUAAGAGCGGUUUCACCGCCGGCUACGAGCCCAAAUUGGAUGCAACUAUUGUAGCAUUCGGUAGUAUACAAGACACGGUGAGCACAGUUUAUGUUAUGCCCGGUCAUCAGAGUACACUCUCACCGGCUGAAAGUUUGGAGCGUCUCGAGCGUGAGCUUGUCGAGCAAGCAUUUAGCAAAAAUGCCUGGAGCAAUAUACUUACCGCAUUGAUGGAUCGCCCUGGCAUGGAAGUGCAGCUGCCACGCUUCUCGCAUAGAUCCUUCGUAAAUGCUUCGCUGGGCUUGCAGAAAAUGGGUCUAAAAGGUCUGUUCAAAUCUGAUUUCGCUGACUUGCGCGGUCUUACCGGCUCCUCCAAUCGUGACAUCUAUCUCUCGGACGUCAUACAGAUUAACACAUUCAGCACAUGCGGUGAGGAGAAGAUCGCCGAUCAUCACCAUGUGGAAAUGUAUCCGGCACCGCCAUUACGCAAGCGUAACAAGGAUUUGGGCGCAAAUGAUGAUGGCGCUUAUGACUCUUCGGAAGCUGUCAUCGACUUUGGUUCGCUGGUGCAUGAGUCUGCACUCGGUCGUGGGUUCUACGACGAUUUACUCGAUCCCAAAUAUCUAGAGUUGCCACUAUCGCUGCGGCCAAGGCAAGCGCGUGUGCCCGAUGCGCCAAGACUACGUUUCGACAAACCGUUCCUCUAUUUUGUGCGUCAUAAUCCAACCGGCAUCAUAUUGUUCAUGGGACGCUUCAAUCCACGGCUGCUGCCAUGAGGGAGAUGUAUGAAGUGAACGAAUAAUUAGGAUAGCAUUAAGGCGCCAAGCUAUGCACAUGCGAACUCGCGAUUAUUGUGACUCAGAAGACUAAUGACAAAAAAAAAAACACUGUUAAAUGAAUUAAAUAAAAUUGAAAAUCUUAGGC